AUGUUGUCAGAAGAAGCUGAGGAUUGGUGGGAUAACACGCGUCAGAUAUUGGAAGCUAGUGGUACAGAGAUAACUUGGGUUGUGUUCAGAAAAGAAUUCUUGGAGAAGUAUUUCCUCGAGGACGUUCGUGGAAAAAAGGAAAUAGAGUUCCUUGAGCUAAAGCAAGGGAACAUGAUUGUGGCAGAGUAUGCUGCGAAGUUUGAGGCGCUAGUGAAGUUUUGUCCCCAUUACAACCGUGUUGAUGUUGAGACUUCAAAUUGUCUCAAGUUUGAGAAUGGGCUGAGACCAGAGAUCAAACAAGGUAUUGGAUACCAACAGAUUCGUAGGUAUGCUGAAUUGGUGAAUAAGAGUAGAAUAUAUGAUGAGGAUAGUAGAGCCCGGUCUGCUUACUAUAAGAGUAUUAGUGAGAAGAAAGGGAAGGGACAAUUUAGAGGGAAACCUUAUGUAACUCCAGUUGACAAAGGGAAGCAGAAGGCUUCAGAUGGGAAGAAGACAAGUGGGGGAGGGGCUCCCGCUUCUGUCAAGUGCUUCAAGUGUGGCGGGUUGGGACACCGUGCUAAUGAAUGUAAUAAUAAGGGUCAUAUCAGUACACAAUGUCAGAAGCCAAAGAAGACGGCCGCUACUGCUGCCCAGAUUAACGGUGAAGUGUUUACCUUGAGUGGUUCAGAGGUUCCCAAGACAGAUAACUUGAUCAAAGGUACUUGUUUCAUUAACAACAUUGAGUUAAUUGCUAUUAUUGAUACUGGUGCUACUCAUUCGUCUAUUUCUCUUGAGUGUGCUACGGGGUUGGGUUUAAAAUUAUCUCCUUUGGUUGGGAGUAUGGUUAUCCAUACCCUGACUAAUGGUUCGGUGACUACUGCGUUAGUCUGUUUGAGUUGUCAUUUCACCAUUUAUGGUAAGAAUUUUGCGAUGGACUUGGUUUGUCUACCUUUGCAUCAAAUCAAUAUUAUUCUUAGAAUGAACUGGUUAGAGUUCAACUAUGUUCAUAUCAACUGCUACAGCAAAACCGUGAGGUUCCCAGAGUUUGGCGAUUGUGAAGAGCUGAUGUUUUUAUCCGCUAAGCAAGUAGAAGAACUCUUAGAAGAUGAGGCUCAGAUGUUUGCAAUGUUUUCAUCAUUGCAAGUCGACAAUAAGGCUGCAAGUGUUGAUCUGCCUAUUGUGUGCAAUUUCCCAGAUGUAUUUCCAGAUGAUAUUAGUGACUUGCCACCAGAGCGUGAGAUUGAGUUUUCCAUUGAUGUGGUACCAGGUACUAAUCUUAUGUCGAUGGCUCCGUAUAGGAUGUCAGCUUCAGAAUUGGGUUAA